AGUGACCCCUUGCGACACACCAUGGAGCGCCCGAAUCGACCAAACGCUCCAAAUCCAAUGGAUAUUGAGGAAGAGGAGUUCGACGACGAGCAAAUCGAUGACCAAGCAGAGCGAGACGGUUGGAAUGAGGUGAUAGAUAAUGUUGGAGAAUUUGAAGAUGAAGAAGUAGAUGAGGAAGUAGAUGAGGAAGAAGAUCAUGCAGAAGAUGAGGAGAGAGACACAGACGAUGAAGUAGAGGGUUUCGACAAAGAAAUAGUCAGCGACAUUGAUGAUGAAGAAGUACCUCAAAUCGACUUUGGAUAUGAUAAAAAUGGAGAUCCCCAGCAGCUAGAAUCACCUGCAUUGCAGAGAAUCGAUGUCGGCAUAGUCCUUGAUGAAUUGCUGGAAACCAUCGAAGAAUCUCAUAAAGAACGAAUUCGUGUGAUUGACGAAACCCGGAGCAAAAAAGAGGAAAAUAUUCCAAGGAUUCCCAUAGAGUUAGAAGUCAAAACAGCCGUGUCGAGCCAUCUACAAAGUAUUCGAAAAGAAAUGGUUGAACAGGAAAAACACGAAAUUAAAAAGUUAUACGAGGAAUUUCUCUUGCGUACUGAAGUUAUGGAUCGAGCCAUCAAACUUUGCGACGAAGACCCGGUUAACUUUCAGCGUGAAUUGAAAUUCUUCCGAGACGAGCAGAAUCGAAUUAAGAAAAUUGUAUCAAGCCGGAAAUAUAAAAUUGAAACAGAGGAAGAGCGUCGGAAGGAUCUACGACUAGUUGGUAACCGUAUCUACAAUCUAUUUACGGAGCUGGAACGAGACAAACGGAUGCUUAGUAAUCAGCCACCGGGCGCUGAGGAACGUGAGAGCCCUUCCAAUGACAGAGAAGAACUACGAAAUUGGCUCAGUUUGAUGCUGGCUCAACAUGAAGUGUUAUUGAUAAGAACUGACGAGUGCGAGGAAACAUUUGAUAUCAAACAUCACAGAAUGAUCCAGCAACGAAUAAAGAAGAAUCUUGAGGAAAUGCUGGCAGUGGAAAAUGAAUUCGACAACGAUUUAAAUUUCAAACUUUUUCGUCGAUUGCUCAUCGAGGAAGAAAAAACCCAAUUUUCGCGUACUAUUCUGUAUAAUGAGAUAAUGCAACAAAACCACCGAGAUGGAGAUGUGCUAUUCGGAGAAAUUACCAAUACGCUCAAAAAAAUACUUCAUCAAAUUCAUCAUGAAGUUUUAGGAUUCGAAGAAUAUUAUUCAGAGAAGCAUCCUGAAAAAGAUGAGCAAAAGGAUGAGGAUUUGAAAAAUGAACCUGCGGCUAGAUCUGAAGAUCCACAAGACUCGAGGGAAGAUGUUGGGAAUGAGCCUUCAAGUAGCAAUUCAGCAUCGAAUAUUGGAGAUCAAACCGGAGAAGCUUCACAAGAACCACCACAAAGAUCACUAAAGCGAGGCAAUCAAGAUGAGAUGCCGGUUGCCAAGAGGACAAGACAAUGAAAAUAACUUAAUUUUUCUACUUUUUCAUUGUCGGUUCUUUGCUCUUUUAUGAUUUUAAACCAUUUGGAAUUUUCAAGUCAGAUAUUAUCUUGAUAUUAUCCUUUAUUUUCUGUAACUUUUUCUCAAAAUUUAAUAAUUUUUUUUGAACUCACAGUAAUUUAUUUUCUACUGUAUACUACUUACAGUAAGCUUAAUUUAUGAUAAUUUUAUUACAAAAUGAUUUAUUUUCCAAAAGUGUAUUAAAUUUGAUUCUUCCUUGGUUCCAGCUUAAACUGAAAAAAAUAAAUAAAUAAUCAGAAAGAUAAAUCAAAU